AUGGUACGCCUUCAAUCGAAUGACCAACCCCCACAGCAAUUAAGAUGCUUAUUAGACUCUGGGAGCCAGAUCGAAGUAAUAACAGAAGAAGCUUUCAAUCGAUUGAAAGCCCCAUACAUAUAUGAAGAAACCAUUAUAAAUGGGGUUGGUGGUUUAAUACAAUCACACAAAAAGGUUAAAGUGUUGCUCACCUCUGAGAACACGAACUAUGAGGAAGAGAUAGAACUGAUCGUCAUUCCAGAAAUACUGAGUGAUCAGCCAACCACAAGUUUUCAAGCACAUGAGGUGGACACGCCAGCUAAAAUAGAACUGGCAGGUCCACAAUUCUACAAAAAGGACCCUAUCGAGCUGCUCCUUGGAGCACGAUUUUUCUAUGAUGUGAUAGAGGCCGAGCAAGCAAGGAUUGGAAGGGGACCUACCUUCCAAAAAUCAAAACUAGGAUGGCUAGCAUGUGGAAUGCUAGACCAAGUAGGCAUCUUACAAGAGACGUGGAUGCAUACAUCAACAAAGGUGAACGUCAAGCAACAAGAUGAACUUUCGAGGCUAUUCCAGAAAUUCUGGCAGCUCGAAGACACAAACCAAAAUGAAAAUGAAGUUCCUCCACCACUCCAUCGGGAGUUGGAGGGAGAAUUCAGCUCAAGCACGCGGCUGAAUACCGAAGGAAGAUACAUUGUCAAGAUUCCAUUCACGGAGGAAUUCCGUGAGCUUGGCAACUCACGUGAACAAGCAUACAGAAGAUUAAUGUCGCUAGAAAGGCGGCUUCAAGCAAAUGAUACCCUGCGAGGUGAAUACAACAAGUUCAUGCAGGAGUACAUUGAACUGGGACACAUGGUCCCCGUAUGCAAGCAUAAAGAGAAGAACGUGGUUUACUAUAUACCCUACUCAUGCGUAGUUAAACCAGAUUCAAGCACGACAAAAUUGAGAGUAAAGGUAUUUGACGCCAGCGCCAAAACCACAACUGGAAAAUCCCUCAACGACAUUCAGGCAGUAGGGCCUGUAAUCCAAAGAGAUCAGUUCGAUCUCGCCAUUGAGUUCCGCGGAGACGACGUAGUAUUAAGCGCGGAUAUAGCCAAAAUGUAUCGCCAAGUAUUAAUUGAGGAGAGUUAA